AUGAAUAAGCGACUAAGGAGCCCACUGGACAAUCUAAUCUUGUCUCUCUUAUUUAUUCUAAGCUUGUUUAAGAUAUCAUAUCAAACUGUGAAUUCUGACGAUCAGCAAGUACAACUUCCUCUGCAUUCCAGCUUUAUUUUACCUAAUGGCCUUAAAGGCCUUGUUAUUAACCAACCAGAGAGUUCAAUAACCCACGUUAGUAUUGCCAUCAGGAAACACCUACAUGCCACCUCGGCCCAAAACAAGGGGCUCAGCUGCUUUUUAAAUGUGGCCCUCAAAUAUAAGUUAGACCCCAACAACCACAACGACGCUGAGUUUAAAGAAUUCCUAGCCCAGCCCAAUAUCUACAAAACCACCGAUAUGGGUAAUUUCCUUAUUAUCGAGUUCUUCGCAAAGAAAUCUCAAAGUCUAAUUCCAUUGAAGCUCUUAACAUCAGUUAUUGUCACUCCACCUACUCUAGAAGAAGCUUCCCAAAUCAAUGACACCUACCUUGCAAAACAUCACCCCACCCCACCCACACCAGGUGUUAUUGAGAACAAAAUCAUUGCGUUAUGGAACAGUAUAUUCUGUUUGUCGACUAUUAGGCUUGCAAUUGCCACCCCUUGCCAACCAGUAGAGAUAGUUGAUUUGCUGACGAACGAGUAUAAAGACCUCGAUCAAACAUCUGAGCCAAAAAUGUACAUCCCUUCUAAGACCAAGGUGUUGAAAGAUUUGCUAAGCACUAGAAGGGAUAAUACCCCAACUCAAAGCGAAAGCACAACGAUCACUCUUUUUAUUCCACUUCUCAACGAUAUCAAAAACAAAACUAGGCAGCCUAUCAUUGACUUACUCCAUUUAUUAACCUGUUGCAACAAAAUCUACGACGGCUUUCUUCAAUAUUCAGGCAACAUUUGGGCUCAACUCAAGGAGAUACCUAGAAUUACUCUGAAACUCAUACCUAGUGUUUAUCUCGUCAUAGAAAUAGACAAUAAGGAUAGAGUUGAUCCUUCUGAGGCUCUAGAUCUAGUGGAUGGUUUCUUCCAAGCUAUCAAGGCAACCUACAAACAAUCAUACUCGAAGAUAGGCUGGUGCCACAAAACUAUUAUAAACUCGACCAGACUAGCACCCAUGAAGAUGGAAUUGCCCUGUAUCCCUAAUCUAGUCUCGGUCUACCUGUUCUUUGCGGACGUGCAUGAUAUCAUUAAGUUCAUCUACACGCCUAUAUCUCACUCCCAGAAGAUUUGCAACAUAGAUGAUCUGCUUGAAAUGGCAAUGAAACGAGAACUUUGGAUUGUUAGAAGAGAUGCCCCUAAUUCUCAUCAGGGCGUAUUAGCAAACCAAGCAUCGGGACGUUCAUAUGUUCAGCCGGUGCCCAAAGCAACUUUGAGGGUCGGGAGAAUCAAAAACAUUAUCUGCCUAUGCAACACCGAAUCUAUGCCGCAACAAACCAACAAUACUGCCUUGGGUAACCACCAGUCUAGCUCUUCCAAUCUCAAUCCUAUCUUUUCAUCACAAAAUAGUGCUUCUCGGGCCAAUAGGCCUUUCCAAGUCGCCAGUGCCCGCGCAUACCCUACCAGCUCGAACAACAUUGCUCUAGCGCAGGCCACAGCUAACAACAUCACGCAUAGCAAAUAUGAAGAGCCUGGUCUUGAGGCGCACAGUUUCAUUGAAAACAACCACGAAGGACAUUCGACGGUUAGUAUCGUAUUGACCAACCGCAGUUACCUUAGCACCAUUCACAGUUAUAUCUGGCAAGUUACUCACGUACUAGCAGUAUUAGAAGAGGCCAAUGUUCAAUAUCUGUCUCUAAUUGGGGUUAGCGACGUUCUUAUCGAAGCCGAGGUUAAGGAAGAUGGUAAGUUCGUGGUUGUCCUCCGUGGAUCAGCCCCAGACAUCAAACAUAUGGUCCAGAUGUUCUUUUCACUCUACAAAUAUCACCAAAUCACUCUUAAACGGUUAAAAAUAGCAGUGCAUAGGACAACUAACUUCUUUUUGACUGAAUUCUACCGAAGAGGAUCAACUCGACCAAAUCCGCUAUUCGCAGAGGUUUGGAAUUGUCUGGGCAGAACACCUCUUGAUUGCUACCAGUACAUUAGAAAGAUCGGCAUCAACUAUGCUACUCCGCUUAUUGAGGAUGCUUUAAUCAAUAUAAGAGCUGAAAAUGUGCCACAAGAUCUCUUCCACGCAAUAAUCAAAUUAGUCAAAGCCUAUAUUAAGCCCUGGGUGUACACCAACUACCAGUUAAUUGGCAACCAUAGCACGCAGCAUCAUUCAGGAAAGAAAUCAGAAGAGAUUUCGGCCCUUAUUGGAUACUUCCAGAUUGAUCCAAUGGCCAAAUUAGGCGUAACAAACUACCAUAUGUUGGCAUACUAUUUAUUGCUCAAGCAAUUCCCACCAAGUGACCUCACUAACCAGGAUGUUGUUAAGGCCGUCCAAGAUUGGGAGGGUUCUCUUGCACCCGCCAGCACAUCAGCAGCACCAAUUCCAGAAUCUCCUAUACUAAGCUUUGAUCAAAGGAUUAUCGAAAACCUUGAAAGCGCCAUUACUUUCUUCGACGAUACUAUUGUUCUGACUCUUACACUCAACGGACGAUACAGCCCAGCUAGACUUUUGCAUGCAACUACGGCCUAUUCCCAGUACUUAACUUGGGUAGCUGCCACUAUGACUUCGGCACAGUUGGCGGUUUGCAAAGAGAGGGCGCUGCACGAGUUUGAUAUUCUCAUGAAGACCGGCGGGAUAUUCGAAGAUAGACCUUUGCUCUUCCAAUGCAAUGACUUCUGGCGAGAGUUCGACUAUAAGAGAAAGUUCGCAGAUGUUCUCAACAAAAUGGCUUUAGAUAAAGUCCGAGAGUUUAUCUUAUACCAUUGCAUGAAACCUCUUACCGUGAUACAUAAGAGACCUCGGCCACUAUCACUAGACCAACCCAAUCCACCUCAACCUAAAACCGCCCAAAGACGAGCAGUAACUGACCCUUUAGAUGACCUUGAUCCUAGUUGCUCUGUUAAAAGGCUCAAUCUAAACAGCUAA